AUGGGCAAGCGCGGCAUCGCCCACGUCGGCAAGCAGCAGGACAGGAUUCAGAAUACCAGGAGGAGGCUCAGCGGGAAGGCCCCUGCGGAUCUUGCUGCUGCGGAGGAGGAGCCUGGCGAGGUUGCUGACCAGCACGCGCUCUUGCUCGUGCGUCCCAGGGUGUGCAAGAGUUGCGGCCAGAACACGCACGAGUACGACAGGCACUGCAAGGGCAGCGUCUACUUGUGGUGGCCAAAAUGCGAACGCAAUAAAGCAGGAGAGAAGGUGCCAAUGGGCAACGAAUGUGGCUAUUGCAUCUACGUCAGGCAGAAAUAUUUUCCCGUGGGAACGAAGCAGGCGGAUGUCUUGACGAUGCGGGAGGAGAAGGGCACAGAGGAGCAGGAGCGGCAGGAAAACCUCAGGAGAGACAGAGCCUCGGGAGAGAAUCUGAUGCAGGCCCAGCACGCGGCGAAUGUAUCGGCGACGUCGAAGAAUGAGGAGCAGCGCUUCGACGAGGCGUUCGAGGAGGGCGUGUUCGAGGAGCUCCACGAGUUCGCGGCCUCGCGAAACUUGGAGUUCGACGACGAGGAGGAGCUCAUCUAUUACAUCGAGAACACGCUGGGCUUCGAGUGCGGCGAGGGCGAGACGGGCGUCUUCGGCGUCUACGUCGUCGAGAACCCGAAGGGCAGCUACCGCUUCAAGCGCGGCGUCAAGAAGGUCGCCAGCUUCGGCGUGAAGGAGAGGCACGAGGACGAGGAGAGCGCCAAGCGGCAGCAUAUGGAGGACACCGCAGGAGGAGUCGGCAUGAUUCGAGGAGUUCCCGGGCAUCCUGGUCACGCGCAGGUGGGCGUUGGUGCCGGAGCAUCCCCUGCGGCAGAUAAGGGCGCCAUGUCAUGCAUGUCGAUAUCCGACGCUUCUGAGUUUGGCGCCGCCAGUGGUGGCUGCAGCAUGAGCUCUCGCAGCGAUCGGCAGCAGCAGCUGGGGCUCGGACACCGCAGGCUCCAGCAUGCCAGCGGCCCACGGCGCCCACGGAGCGAUGCGGCCCGCUCAUCGGGACCUUCACCUUCACCGAGGACGCCCUGCGCGGCUUCCAAGCUCAAGGCGUCCGAGGGCAUGGACGAUCCGCCGACUGCGAAGCCCAAGAAGCAGAGGCAGACCAACGGCCACAGCGUCGAGGGCGGACGCCAGUUGCUCGAGGAAGUCGAGAGCUAUUGGGGGAACGCGUUGCUCUGGUCUAGGAAGUACAGGAGCCGCGACUUCGAGAACCUCCUCACCCGCUUGAGCGCAAGGGCAUCGAAGACGUCGUCCUUGGACCAUCAAGACGCGUCCUCCGUGGCCGAGGAGCUCUACCAGCUCUCUGUGCAGCUUGCGGAUGCUCGCAACUUCGUGACGAUGUUGAGGGAGUCGCCCGAGUCGGUGGUGCUUCAGCUGAGCGAGGCUGGCAUCGACUUCUUCAAGAAGAUCGACGAUGCCACAGUGGCGAACAUCUUCUCGACAGUGAUGCUGACGCUGGUCGCCCAUCCGUCGGCCGACGUCGUGAAGCUCGGGCUGCAGGUGGCGAAGUACCGCAAGGACGCGCCCAAGGCGCUCUCACUUGCAAUCAUGGGCGCGCCCUCGGAUUACGCGACUUCCGUCCAGGUGAACAUCAUCCAGACGUUCAUUGACAAGGUCAUCAAAAAGAACAGCAUGCAGGACUUCAUCACCAUCAUGAGCAACUGUAGUGACGCCAUCGGGGAGUGCGAUCUAGACUCCAUCGACACCAGCACCAAACUCAUCGACGAUGCCACUGGGUGGUGCCCCGCGGUCUUAGCCGACCUACACGCCAUUCGCUUUUUCGCCCAGGUGCUUGCAGCCGACCCGAAGGAGAAGCUCCCGCGCGCCCUCAGGGUUAUGGGAGUGCAGCUCGUGAACAACAAAGAAAAGCUCAGCUCUCGGCUUCGCGUGUGUAUGCGUGUAAAUGCGGGGACAGCUAACUGGGCGAAGGCCGCGUUUGACCGCCUCCCAACCUCUUCGUCAAUCGGAGGCGCUGACGAUUGUGUCUUGCAGGAGUCCGUCGUGAAGUCGGUGCAGCAGCUUACUGCUAGCCUCGACGAUGCGUGCGGCAGGCUCGACAAUCAGAACGGCAUCGCCGUACUCUGGGAGCUGAUCGGGGGGAUGGCUGCCGACGACGAGAUCAUCGGCAGCAUCGAGGCUUUCUCGAGGUACUUCGACGGCCUUGACGACAACGAUGACACCAAGGACCCUGCCUACACCGAACACGUGGCGCUCAAGGAUAAGUUCGUUCGGCAGCUGUGCAAUUCAACUUCGCACAUCCUGACGCACUACAGCAACUUCUCCAUGGACCUCGACGGGAUCUACAAUGGCGUCACGUUGGAGGUUGACACGGGAUGCGAGCAAUGCGAGUCAGCGGAUGAUGCGGACCCCUUCAAGGUUCUUUCUCAGGUUGCUUGGUGCAUCCUGCUGUUCGAUAUCCCGCCCCCCGCGAGGGCGACCAUCAAGGAGAUGAAGAGCAGGUGCGACGUGAUCGUGAAGGUGAACUGCGUGAGGAUCCAGAGCGGCCAGAAGCCCGUCGAAAGCAGCAUGAUGCAGUGGAGCGAUGUCUGGCAGGAGGAGUCGGUGAUCAACUGCGCGCCGAAGUUGCCGUCGGACUCGGACGAGCACUUCUACGCUAGCCACUUCGAGGCCUUCAACAAGGCAGUGUGCUGCCGACCCGCCAGCCAGCCGAUCUUGGACUACGUCCGACACGUCGUUGCUUCGGAGAAUUGCGCCAAGGCGACGCCGAAGUUCUUGCAGGUGACCUCCGAGAUCAAGGACGCGUUGCCUCCAGCCGUGCAGGAUCACGUCGCCGCAGUUCGGGCCUGCAACCUGAUCAGGAGCACGGCGACGGCCUGCCUUCAGGGGAAGCUGGUUGGAUGCAUGCAGGCGACGAGCGUGCUGAAGUCGUACGCGGACGUGGUGGCCCCAGUUGGGGACAAGAAGGAGCUCGCGGAGUGGAAGCAGGUCCUCAUCGGCGAGUGGGGGAAACGAUUCAAAGACAUCCUGAAGAAGGUCGACCUCUCGAGCACCCAGGCCUUUGUGAAGAAGUACGGCCCCGAUGGCGAGAGCAUCUUGGCAUUGAUUUCGGCGUGGGAUUUUGGCGGGGAGGGCGAGCAAUCGUGGCUGGCGUCGCCGACCAGAGACGCAGCGAAGGAGCAGGAGAUGAAGGCAGUCGAGUCUUUCGUGAUGUCCUUCGGCCCCGCGGAGCGCGCGCUUGAGGACCUGAAGGUAGCUCGCAGCUCGUUGUAUUGGCUCGACCCCGUGCUGGCCAACCGCCUGGACGAGGGCAUCGCGACUUUACCCGAGGCAAGGGCUCUCAAGAAGACCGCGGCGGUGCUGAUGUGCAGCAUCGUCUUGUGCAAUGCCUGCUUGACGGGCAUCGGCAAGAACGAGGCUCGGAAGUACGUGGCGGAGAAGGUCAUGGUCAACUUAGCUGACCUGCCGCCGAAGUUGACGGAGGCCCUCGAGUCCGAGGGAUCGACCUCGGCCUCGGCCUCGGCAUCGGCGGCAGCGGCCACGGUGAGCGGCACCAGCGGCGCCGAGGGGGCCUCGGCUGAGGUUGCGCUCGAGGCGAGCGCGACGAAGCCGCCAAAGAAGAAGGCCUUCAAGGCACCUAAGUGCCCGGGGUCUGCUUGA